UGGUUUUGUAAGGUGAAACGUGUUGAAAGAGCUAACAUGGCUGGCUAGCCUAGCAUGGAUAGCUUGCUACCGACAGUUUACCUUCACUGAGCGGUGUGACACAUCGAAAGUCUCGCAAUAGUCAUGUUUCGUCCAGUCUGAAGAGUCCUUCAGCUCAGGUCUGGCGCUCCGCUUCGCCUCUUUGAUCCUUUUCUUACUUUUAUGGUUCAUUCCUGCGAAUUUAGGCACUUGAGCUAGCUAACUAGACUGGGGUGCAUAGACAAACACAUUUGCUAGCUUAACUUGCUAGUAACUAUAGUGAAGCGAACUUUAUUUGAGUGACUAGUCUUUAGUUAAAGUUAAACGGUAAGCAACUCCAUACGAGUACUUUGUUGGUGUUACUGAAACACGACACGUUGGCCUUAAAAAUAAAAUGUUGCUCUAAGCGCACUUUUAAUAGCGAGGAGGAAGCUGCCCGGAUGAAAUUAGCUAAGCAGCUAACUACAACAAUGCUCUUGCAACCAAACCCGGGGUCACUACAAUUUGAAGCCCGCCCACCCAGUGAGCGGUAGGAAGCUCGUUGGUCACAUAUAAGAGCGAGCCAUAAAACCAAUUGGAUAAAAUGUAAAAUACGCCUUCCCACCAGUGAUUAGCACAUGUCAUUGGCUGUAUACGUUCUACGUUUUCCCGUCCUCCAGCAGACAGUCGCAAGCGUGUCUGUUUUUUAGAAGAGAAGGGUUUUAUGACAGUAAACGUGACGUUUUACCACUGAAUUGAUUUACUAACUCUCACUUUCACAAUUGGGAUGGUAAAAUGGAAAACAGAGCAACUGAGAUGUCCAACAUAGUGCAGAAAUCGUUCACAUUCGAAGAAUACGAAGACCCGAAGCAAUCACUGAAUGUUUCCAUCCCUGAGGUCCUUGACCCACAAUAUGGGAUGCAUGUAUGGCCCUGUGCAGUGGUAUUAGCACAAUAUGUGUGGACACACAGGGAAGAGCUGAUGCACAAAACAGUGCUAGAGCUUGGGGCUGGCGUGAGUUUACCUGGUGUGGUGGCAGCAAAGUGUGGGGCACAAGUGAUCUUGUCAGACAGUGCAGAACUUCCACUGUGUCUGGAGAACUGUAGGCGCACCUGUGAAGUGAAUGAACUGCCCAAUGUGCUUGUGGUGGGUAUUACCUGGGGAGAAGUCUCCCCAGACCUUCUGCUCCUCCCUCCAUUAGACAUCAUCUUGGGAUCAGACGUUUUCUAUGAGCCCCAAGAUUUUGAAAAUGUCCUGGUGACCAUCUCCUUCCUCUUGAGAAAAAACCCUGAGGCCCAAUUUUGGACAACUUACCAAGAGAGAAGCGCCGACUGGUCCAUAGAGGCAUUGCUGCACAAAUGGAACUUGAAGUGUCUCAACAUUCCACUGGAGAAAUUCCAUGCCAACAAAGAUCAACUAGCUGGGUCAACACUUCCUGGAAGCCAUACUGUACAAAUGAUUAUAACUGAGGACAAGGAAAGCUGAAUGAAAGACAAUUGUCAAUUUAUCCUUCAGUUACUACCAGCAAGGCACAGUCAAAGUCAAAUAGUGAAGACGCAAUACAAGAUCAAUGGUUCAAAACUCAAUGAAUUAUAAAAUAGUGUAAGUUGUAUAGUGUUCCGUUAAAGUUUUAAAAUAAAAUGAUAACCAAAA